CCGGCGAUGUGGAUAAAGUUUUAGACGACUCGUUUUUGGAGGUGUUUAGAGUGACACUUAAGCUUGCUGUGGUCCUUAUAUCAUACCUACUGGAUCAGCAAAAGGCCUAUAUACUUGAGUAAAGGAGCUGGGAUGACAGGAUGAGGCCGUUGGUGGCAGUGUCUUGUUGCCUGGCACUACUGCUGUUGUUUGAAGUCUCAACCGAGGCUGGAGGUGUUAUUUACAACUUUAAACGCUACACUUACAAGAAGAAGCGAGAUGACAAAAAAUACAGGAAUGCCAAGACAGUGUGUGAAGUGAAAACAGAGUGUUUGAGACAACAUGGUGUUGACCAGACUGCAUGUGUGAGACAGUGUAUAUCAAAGUUCUGCUACAAUGAACUAUAUGGCAAUGACUCGCUUGAGGAAGGAGAGAUAGAUGUGCGCCUGAAUUCAUUCAAAGGAUGUUUGGCCCAGGAAAAGAGAUCUUCCAUUUAUGAUGAAUCCAUUAAUAAUCAGCCCCUGUGAUCUCUUUUAGGAAUCUGAGUCAAAGCAAAUUUUGUUUAUCGUUGUCUAUAGAUUUUGUCUGUCAUAAGUUGUGUGUCUUUUCAUACUUUUUAGUUACAUGUAUUUAUUUAUGUGAAAUAUACCAUAUAUUGGUAAAUCGUAAAAAAAAUGUUAGAAUGGUUUUCCCCUCAAAGAAAUAUGUACAAUGCAGUAUAUUCAUGUAGUGUGUUGUCUAGUUUCAAUGUAGGCUCAUAACUGAAAUGAUGAUCUUAGUAAAAAUGUGUCAGUGGUCAUGAGAUAACUGUGAAAGUGAAUGUGACUGAGGUAAAAACGAGUUAAAGAAAAGACAUGCAAGUUAAAAGUAUGAUUUUAGGAAUGAAAUGGUAAUUAAGAGAAUAAAUGUGAAGGAAUUCCAAUAAAUUUUGUACUUUUGAAGAAAUAAAUAUUCAAAUUUGGAUUAAAAUGA